ACAAUAACAUUAGCUAGCAGGUUAGCAGAGGCCUACAGCUGUGCACUGGGUGUACACCGUAGCCAUAACACAAAACUCUGCAUUUGAACUCUCGGUAGCAGAUGAAUCCACAAAUAAUCAAGCAUACUUGCAGGUUGUAAGCACCAGAUUGUCCCAACAAAGUGGGAACUGCACCAUCUUUCAGGAGUAACCAUCUUGAAAAUUCGAUAUUGGUUAUGGUUGUACUGCCGUGGAAUAGUAAUAAAAAUCAAUUUUAAACACUUAUUCUUCAAUUCGUCUGCCUUUGGAAGUCCAAACAAAGAGGUUUUGCUUUUGCAGUGAAGAAAACAACGUCUUCUCGACAUGGCGACAACACUAACCCAACUCAUCCUGGCCUCGGCAUUAACUACAUUUGUUUGAGGGCAGGCCAAUGUAGCCCGUAGGCGGGCAUUUUUCAAAUGUGUUACAUAGUGACGUAGAUACCUCAAGGAAGGAAUGGCCGGACUACAAUCCAGCCGUUUAUUGUAGUUCUUGAGCAGUGUUGUCUGUGGGAGAAAAUAACUCCUUUUUGCAUGGACUUUGUGCUUUAUAACUUUGCAGACCUUUUACAUGCACAAGCAGCUACAUUACACACUAAAGGAAAGGUAAAAUCCUAUAAAGCAUAAUAGGGCCUCUUUAAUUUAAAGAUUGUGUAAUGGCAAAUGUUAAAAAAAACUUUUUUCUAACAAAGCAGCGUUCUGAAACAUCAUGUAAAUGAGAACGCCAAUUCUCUUACGCUGCUUAAUAGAUUAAGAGAAAGCGGCUUAACACACCUAGGUUUCUCCCAGAAAACGCAGCUUAAUGUGGCCAUGUAAACACAUACGUGGCAUUCUAACGUUUUUUUGGAGGAGUGCGAAUGUGUGUGGAAUAGACCGGAGAACAAACGUCUUAGGUUGGAGUCCAACAACAAGUUAACAGCGGAAAGAAUUCAACAUUUCUUUGAAUACAGCGGGAAAAGCACAUACACUAUAAACAAUACCCAUUUACACACACCAAUGUAAAAUAUCGAUGGUCCCUCACGUUCACGUAUAUGCGCUGGUACAUUGAGGGAAUCCCAGAGUUUUAUUUAAGAGUGAAACCCCACUAUUGCAGCGCAAUUCUGCUGUAGGUCACGAUAGAAAUUUAAGGAAACACAGCAACAACUCUGGAAUAUCUGGAAAUAAAGCGAAGCAACAGAGAGUAAAGUAUUGAAGUCUUCAUCGGAUACCAUAUGUAUUAUUUACACAAGCGUCGCGGGGAAAUUACAUUGCUGUGGAGAAAGCUGCUUAUUGAUUGAGCCGAUUGUAUAUGGGAAUAAAGAAACGCCGCUUAAAACGUGCAUGUAAACAGGAAUGCUGCUUUCUCGCAAAAAGCUGCUUUCUGGUGUCCAUGUAAUCGUAGUCAGUGUUAAUGACACAGUGACACAAAGGAGGAGAUGCACACUUUAUUUCUGUGGAGUGAUAAAAUGAUGAAACGAAAUCUCAAAGGUUUUGCUUCAUGAGAAAUAAGGACUCGUGGGUUUAAUCAACGAGCGUGUGAAAGUGAAGAAAUUAGGAUGGAAAUAUUUUACCAUUGCAUAAAAUAAUAUACAAUAUUAUAUAAUUAUAUAAUAUAAAUAUAAUUUUUUUAUGAGUUCCAAAAACAAUGCAAAUCUAAAAUUGACCAAAACUAAAGUUAACCAGAAAGAGAGACAUAUUUUAAGUAUUUAGAAAUAUUUUGAUAUUGAAAACAUUAUUUUUCAUGUCAUUCAUAAGUUUUUAAAGACUUAAAAGGAAAUAAUAUAUCCCUAUUUUAUUAUUUGAUGUAUAUAUUUGAAGUUACAUAUGUAAAAAUGACUUCUUAAGGUGUAUGAAGCACACAUGCACCUUAAGAAAUAUGACAAUUUAUAUGACAAUUAAUCUUCAUAAUCACAAUUAACUGACAAUUAAUCGUCAGCCAAAUUUCUUAAUUGUGACAGCCCUAGCUGCUGUCCUCCCCUACAAAACAUCUCAUGCUGCGGGUCCAGCGGCGCAACUAAUAUGUCCAGUACCCUCCCCGCUCUGCUCCUGGAUCUGCGAGGAUGCCAGUGUGUGAGCACAGGGAGAUAGAAGCCGUGGUUAAGAGGCUCUUCACAUCAGGUGCACCUCAUCAUCCGCUACCCAAAUGAGGCUUAUUAAAUUGCGCCCUUCCUCUCUCCUGCCCACUCCCAUUGUGAACCGGGCUGAAGGACGGACUUCAGUUCCUCCACAUUUGUUUCUGACUAGUGAAUACUGUUCAUGUCACUCAUAAUGCAAAUUGAACACUCAGAAUUAUAUGAAAGCUGAAUUUUCUCACAUGUAUUUAGUUCUUGAAAAUGAAAAAUUGGUAGUAGUUUGCACAUGAAAAAUAAAUUAAUAGUAGAUGUUUUUGUUCUGCCGGUGUGAUUUCAUUUUUGUUUUUUUUAAUACAUUUGUUCCUGUUGAACUGAUUUUUGUAAAUUUACUGUGUUCAUUGUAGAGCUGAUGGAAGUGAAAGAGGAACGUCAAAAACUGAAAGAAGUGGAGGAGAAACAUGUUUUCACAACUGGAGAAAAAUCUUUGAGUUGCUCAAAGACUAAAAAGAGUUUCUCUCUAAAAAAGCCUCAAAGAACAGCAGCUAAAAAAUCAUUCACCUGCCCUCAAUGUGGAAAAUAUUUCACAAAUGAAAGACGGCUUAAUAUGCACAUGAAAGUUCACAAUGGAAAUGUCACACCUUACACGUGCAAUCAGUGUGGAAAGAGAUUCAGAAGUAAAGAAGGCCUUAAUUAUCACAUAAGGAUUCAUACUGGAGAGAAGCCUUACACGUGCCAUCUGUGUGGAAAGAGUUUCACAUGUGCAGCUAGUCUCGCAUAUCAUAUCCGCUCUCAUUUAGGAAUAAGGCCAUUUGAAUGUGAUAAGUGUGCUAAAACAUUUGUUGGGGAAUCGUGCCUAAAACAACAUCUGAAAGUGCACUCAAAAGAGAAGCCUUACAAGUGUUCUUUUUGUGGAAAGAGUUUUGCAGACCUGUACUAUUUUAAAGAACAUCAGAAAAUUCAUACCGGUGUGAGCGCUCAUAUGUGCUUUGAAUGUGAGAAGACCUUUAUUACAGCCAGCCACUUGACACUGCACCAAAGAAUUCAUACUGGAGAGAAACCAUACAAGUGCUCACACUGUGAAAAGAGUUUCUCUCAGUCAGAAAACCUGAAAAAACAUGAGAGAAUCCAUACUGGAGAAAAACCUUACAAGUGCUCACAUUGUGAAAUGAGUUUCACUUGGUCACAAAGCUUGAAAACACAUGAGAGAAUUCAUACUGGAGAAAAACCUUACAAGUGCUCACACUGUGAAAAGAUUUUUACUCGUUUAGGAAACCUGAAAAGACACAAGAGAAUCCAUACUGGAGAAAAACCAUACCACUGCUCUUCAUGUGGGAAGAGUUUUAACCAAUCAGCUCAUUUACAGAAACAUGUAAAAACAAUUUGCCAAAGUAGUCACAGUGAGCAAAAAUCAUCUUCGGGUUUAGCAAGAUCAAGUAAAUAGUAUGAAAAAUUUGGUAAAUGCAAAGAUGGAGUUUCUCUCAUAAGGGCAACAUCAUCUACAGUAAGGCCCCAUUUGCACCAUUUCAUAUCCGGAUAGUAUUUGGCUAUUCUUUAGCUGGAUUUGAUUUACACCUUGUAGUCAAAUGCGGUAGUUGAAGGGAAUGUUUCCUCCUCUGUCCAAACGGAACUCAUACUUUUCCAUUGUUUAACUCAUUACCUCUAAAUCAUCAUUUCUUGUAGUACGUAUUAGUUCACCAAAAAAUUACAAUUAUAAUUUUCUCACCCUCAUGCCAUCCGAUAUGUAUGAUUUUAUUUGUUCUGCAGAACACAAAGCAGGAUUUUUGGAAGAAUCAUUGUUUUGAGGAAUGAAUGCUAUACAAUGCUUGCAAUUGCCAAAAAACUGAAGAUUUCACACAAAGGUGUACACUACAGUCUUCAAAGACAAAGGACAACUGGCUCUAACAAGGACAGAAAGAGAUGUGGAAGGCCAGAUGUACAACUAAACAAGAGGAUAAGUACAUCAGAGUCUCUAGUUUGAGAAAUAGACGCCUCACAUGUCCUCAGCUGACAGCUUCAUUGAAUUCUACCCGCUCAACACCAGUUUCAUGUACAACAGUAAAGAGAAGACUCAGGGGUGCAGACCUUAUGGGAAGAAUUGCAAAGAAAAAGCCAUAAACAGAAAAACAAAAAGAAAAGGUUAGAGUGGGCAAAGAUACACAGACAUUGGACAACAGAUAAUUGGAAAAGAGUGUUAUGGAUCUUAACCCCAUUGAGCUUUUGUGGGAUCAGCUAGACUGUAAGGUGUGUGAGAAGUGCCUGACAAGACAGUCACAUCUAUGGCAAGUGCUACAGGAAGUGUGGGGUGAAAUGUCACCUGAGUAUCUGGACAAACUGACAGCUAGAAUAACAAGGAUCUGCAAAGCUGUCAUUGCUGCACGUGGAUGAUUUUUUGAUGAGAACUCUUUGAAGAAGUUUUUUUCAAAUUGUAAUAGUAAUGUUUCUUGUUGUUAAUUUCCUGACUAUAUACACUGUAAUCAGUUGAAUGCCACUUUGGUGAAUAAAAGUAUCAAUUUCUUUCCA